AACAGGUGAACACAUUACCACAAACUCUCAACACACACCCUGUGUGGAGUACAGGACAUACAUCAGAUAUGGUUCAUCUUAUGUCAGUGACCCUGCUCUUCUCAGGUGCAUAAGGUGCAAAGGUGAACAGGUGAAUGCAUUACCACAAACUCGCAACACACACCCUGUGUGGAGUACAGGACAUACAUCAGAUAUGGUCCAUCUUAUAUCAGUGACCCUGCUCUUCUCAGUAGUGUGUGGUAUCAGGGCAGAUGCUCCUCACCGCUAUCACUUUGUGAAUGAGAAUAAAACCUGGAGUGAAGCUCAGACUUACUGCAGAGAGAAAUGCACUGAUUUGGCCUCCAUCAACAACAUUGAAGAGAUGAUGAAGCUGGAUCACACACUGAAGAAGGAAACUGCAAAGCAAGCUUGGAUCGGUCUACAGAAAAAGGGCACUGGGAAAUGGCAGUGGUCUCUGGCAGACCAAACUUUCUACAGAGACGGAGGCACUUACAGAAACUGGAGUAGUGGAGAACCAAACAACAAUGGGGGAAUUGAAUUCUGUGUUGUCAUGUACAGAUCUAGUGGCACGUGGAAUGAUGCCCCCUGUAACUGGUUAUUCCCUUUUGUGUGUUAUGAAGAAAGGAACACAAACACUGAUAGAUACAUAUUGAUUAAUGAGAAAAAGACCUGGAGUGAUGCUCAGAUCUACUGCCGAGAGAAUCACACCGACCUGGUCAGUGUGAGGAACCAAACUGAGAAUGAGGAGAUCAGGAGAAAGAUUCAAAGUUCAGGAAAUGAGCCUGCUUGGUUUGGUCUGUUUUAUGACUCCUGGAAGUGGUCAGAUCAGAGUAAUUCCUCAUUCAGAUACUGGAGCUCUAACAAACCCAGUGGAGGUUUGAACUGUGCUGCAGUGUCUGUGUCUGAGCCACACUAUUGGAGUAAUGUGAACUGCACAGAAAAACUCCCAUUCAUCUGUCAUGAGAACAGACUGAUCUUGAUCAAACAGAAUCUGACCUGGCGGGAAGCUCUGAAUUACUGCAGGAAUCAUCAUUAUGACCUGGUCUCAGUGCGCACUGAGGAGAUGCAGCUCUGGGUGAAGGAGGUGGUUCAAGAUGCCUCCACUGAACAGGUGUGGCUCGGCCUGUGUCACGACUGCGCCCAGCGGAUCUGGUUCUGGGUUUUUGGAACCAUGGUCUGCUAUCAGGACUGGGCCCCGGGGACCGGGACAUGGAAUGAAGACUGCAGCCAUGAGAAGAGAAGUGGAGCAGUUCAGUCUGGAGGACAGCAGCAGUGGAUCGACCUGCCUCAGAACUACAAACUCAACUUCAUCUGCUCUACCUAUGAUGAAAUGUUUUGAGUGAACAUGAAGACUGAAGACAAGCUGUGGUCCACCAUCUAUAUCAACAUCAGAUCUACAGUACUGUCUCAUUUUAUACUCUUAUAUACAUUAUUGAUAUAAAUGUAUCCUCUUUAUCCAGAUGUUUCACCAAUUUCUUUUUAAUAUGCUCAGUCAGUUCCAC